AUGGCUUCUGCGUGUAUUGUUAUAUACGUGAAACUUCCGACAGGAAAAGCAAUAGAGCUGCAACAUUUACCGUCAGAAACUGUCCGGCAAAUCACGCAGAAAAUCGCCGACAGCGAAAAAGUGCGCGAAAAUCGGGUGCGUUUGAAAUACCAAGGAAAAAUCAUUGACAAGUCAAAAACUAUCCAAUACCUAGGAAUCUGUUCAGAAACAAUAUUGAAGGCUGAUAUCGUUUUCCCGCAAGAUGUCGCAGUAACGAUACGAUUUCUUGGCGCAGAACACCACGUGACAUUUCAGACUGUUGAUACACUUGCAGAUUUACAUCAGCAAAUUACUGCUCUGACUGGACUAUCGGAAGCCGAACAACUUAUCAAAUCAGGCAAUGCCACUUUAAACAGACGAGAUUUGAUCUUAACGGACCUAGGAGUUACGGGCGGAUCUGUUUUGAGUGUUACAAAGAAGCCGACGCAAACUCCAGGCGCCAAUACGGAGAAUGCAAACGAAAACAAUGAAGUGAAUGAGGAUUUAAAAGAAGAGCUACUAAGCACUUUUGACAGCAGAGGGCGACCAGUUGAUGUGGUCUUCUGCUUUGAUACCACUGGAAGCAUGUACAGCGUCUUAACAAAUGUCCGCCAAAAGCUAAACGAGAUCUGUUCGCGGCUGAUAUCUGACAUACCUUGUAUACGAAUCGGCAUAAUUGCCAAUGGGGACUACUGUGACUCGGAAGUGUACGUUGUCCGGUACGUAGACUUAACGACUGACGUCCGUGCGCUAUGCGACUUCGCAAACAACGUUCCGCCUACGGGUGGUGGAGGAAAUGGCGGAGAGGCUUACGAAUGGGCCCUGCGGAGGGCGCAGCAGUUGGAUUGGGGCGAGGACAGCGCCAAAGCCUUGGUGAUGAUUGGGGACGAGCCACCUCAUCACAAACACUACACGGACCAAAAACUGUUCUGGAAGGAUGAGCUGGACGUGCUGGUGGGGAUGGGAGUCAAAGUGUACGGCGUUCAAGCGAUGUACGAGUCUCGGUCUACGCCUUUCUAUCAGGAAUUAGCGUUACGGUCGAGUGGUUUCUACUUGAAGCUCAAAGACUUUCGCCUCAUCACGGACAUGUUUCUCGCCGUAUGUUAUAGAGAAGCAGACGAUGGGCAAUUUGAAACAUUCGCGGAAGAAGUGAAGAAAGAAGGCCGAAUGACUGAAGACACUAAACUAUUCCUAGACGAACUGAACAAACAAAGCCAAGCCGACCCUGUCGCCGAAAAGGAAGAGCGUGAAAAGAGAUACGUAGACGAGGGUUGGUGGGACCCUUAUCUAGUCGAGCACGAGCUUCCCAAAUAUUUCUAUAAUCAAGAAACGGACCAUUGGGUCACAACACCUUCUACAAACCGCCCCAGUAGUGCCACUAACAGCCGAGUCCAAGUGUUACCAAUAAUCUCUGUUCAACCGUCUUAUAUGCCGAUUGAUCCAAAGAGGAAAUCUAGGCUACGCAAGAUAUUGGGAUUUUUUAAGAAAGAAUAA